AUGGCCUCGCUCGCUGACAAUAACUUGCAGCCCAUCUGCCAGAAUUGCACGACGAGCACGACGCCUCUGUGGCGGCGCGAUGAGGUCGGCUCUGUCCUCUGCAACGCCUGCGGCCUCUUCCUCAAGCUGCACGGACGACCGCGACCGAUAAGCCUCAAAACAGAUGUCAUCAAGAGUCGCAACCGCGUCAAGACCGCUGGCCAAGGGCCGAGGAAGAAGGCGCCCGGAGAGUCAAACGGCCUCAGCCUCGCUGCCGCCCAUCCCGACGCCUCAGGCCAUCCGUCCGACGCGCUGCUGAACCAGCGCCGAGCAUCGCAGAAGAUCGAACGUUCGAACUCUCCAGUCUCUCGCACAGGCACUCCAGGACUUAAUCCGAACAUUGCCCCUCAACACAUCUUCGAUGGCGUCAGCCUCGACGGACACGGCUUCCACCAUUCCCCGUCACUCCCAUCCUUCAAUCUCCGUCAACCAUCCCCGUCCGCUGCGUCGAUCAAUGGCUCCCAUUUCGAACCACCUCCUACAUAUGAUGGCAUCAUCGCCUUGAACACGCAGCUCAAAACACGCGUCAGCGAGCUCGAGGUCAUCAACGACCUGUUCCGGGGCCGCGUCAGUGAGCUGGAACAGGGCGAGCAGGAAGCCCGGCGCAACGAGAUGCUCGCUCGUGAAUGCGAAAGCAGUCUCCGAGGUGAGCUCGAAGCUGCCCGCAAUCGGGAAAGCGAGCUCAAGCGGCGUCUCGAGGAGAUGGAGGCGGACUUGGCUGAGUACGUCGGGUCUGAAGGUUCGAAAGCGAAACGUGUGCGGCUUUCCGAUCUUGUAGACGAGAGUGGUGGCUCGACGCCGCUGUCAAAUCCACAGUCAUAG